GGCAUAAAUAACAGCAGGAGUGAUCUAACCCUAUGCAGUUUAUCCUCAACGUAAAAAAAGAGAGAGAGAAGAAAAAAAAAAGAGAGAGAGAGAGAAAGAAAAAAAACAAAAACGCUUCCAGGGGGGAAGUGUAGAUCUCCUAGUGAACACCAAGUGGAUCUCUCUGUGGAUAGAUACUGUAAGAUCACCAGGCAACCAUGGAAGAACUUACAGCUUUUGUAUCCAAAUCGUUUGAUCAAAAAAGCAAGGAGAGCUGUGGCAGUGGUAGCAACAAAAAGGAGUCAAUCACGUACAGGGAAGUUUUGGAGACUGGCUUGGCUAGGGCAAGGGAGCUGGGGAACUCUGAUUCUAACCUCCAGGACAUUACAGAGAACAGCAACCACUGCCCUCUUCAUCUGUUCAAAGAGCAUGGGGACAGUGACAAGGACAAACUGAAAGAUUACAGCACUGGAAGGGUCUCGGAAGGUAAAUAAACAGUAGAUCCCCAUCACAUGGAUGACCACUAGCAUGCCUUUUACAAUGUUGCGUUAUUGUUUUACAUCCACAGCGUAGGUCCUCAGACCAGGCGAGCAAAGCAGGCAGAAUUCUAGGGCUAUCCAGCGAUUAAAGCAGUGUUUCGCUGACUUUUUAUUCCACCUAGGAAAACACAUUUAUCCUGAUGCUUUGUAGCUCUUUCGAUGGAUACACACAGACAGACACACACACACACACACACACACACAGACACACACACACACACACACACACAGACACACACAGACAGAGAUGGUUUAGGGAAACAUGCAUGUUCUUUAUUUUAAUAGUAAUCUUAGAAGAUUGUUGUUCAGAUGUUUUAUUUAUUGCAGAAAAAUUAGAAAGCGAAACUUGGGCGUCCAUUUCUAUAUAUUUUUUAUUAACUAUGUGCUAAAAGGGUUAAUCUUACGUGAGAUAUCGUAGCCCGGAUGCAUGCACACACUGUGAACGGUUUCAUCGCAUUCAUUUGUGAAUUGAAAACAGGAAACGGUCAGACUGUAGAUUUAAAAUAUUUAAAAAAAAUUCAGAGAAGAUACAUUAGCUAAAUUGUACCAUUCUUUCCAUUUUUACUUGGGUUCUCGAAUGCAGGAGUAGUAGGGAAUGUGUUUGAGACAAUGUGUGUUUCUCUUUGGUUUAAUACAGUGAUUGAUAAAUAAAUAACCAAGCUCAACGUGCUGUAAGGCUGGCAUUAAUAGGAGGUGAAUGUAGAACAAGCAAUGUGUGUGAAUGUCAGAGGGUAUUGCUGGGCCCAAUGUUACCCAGCCUCAGUCAAGCAGGGUGACACAGCCCCAUGUAACUGCUACAGUGUGUGUGUCUGUGUGUCUGCAUGGAAAGGGAGGGGGGCAGAUAAAUGGGAAAGGCCCAGAAAGUAUUUUUUUUUUUGAGCAGGCCAAACAGGUGUCUGAUCUUUCAAAUUGCAGUUCUGACUAUUGCGUUCUAUCAGGGAAACAUACAGCGAGCACUCUGAAUAACAUAUGGCUGAGGAAGGGGGGCACAAAACGUUUUCAUCUGGUGUGACUCAAGGUGAAACUAAAUUAAAAACAAAACGUUUGAGAGAUGAAUGGAUUGUCCACGAAUGAGCUGGAAAUGGAAUGUUAAUUAUUGUGAGAACACUGGAUGUUUGGAACCAGUUCUAUCUAUCCAUAUCGAUCCAUUUAUUUGAAUAUUUAAUUUCUGAUUUUACAUCCCUAUGUUAUAAUGAAGAAGGGGAUAGCUCUGAGUUCAGGGUAAUAUUUGAUAUAUUCCGGAUUAUAUUACACAUCUAAAAUAAUCCCAUCCCUAGAAAUCACAGUUUCCAUUUAUUUACUAGAACAUACUGUAGGAAUGAAGUCAUAACAUCUUGCUGCCCUAUCUUAUUAAGCAGAGAUUAAAUGCACGAUGAAAGGUCAAUUUUCAAAGUAGGAAUAAAAAAAGAAACCUGCAUAUUUUCAUUGGGACAGUGCAAUGGAAGAAAACAAACUGAACACACGUGUUUUUAAUAAAUAUAAUGUUACAAAAUAAUUGUUACAGUAUGCAACAUUGUAUUUUGUUUUCUCAGUGUACAAAUACCACGAGGCUUUAUUUUCAACAUGUGAAUGCUCUAAACAAAUAGAGCUCAGAAACUGUGCAUUGCAGCCUCAUUAAAUAAUGAAUUGUCAAGAUUUGUCUCCCAAGUCCAUUUCUUCUAGGAUUUCCGAAUCUUUGUUAGUGUAGCCACUUGCAUGCAUACUUUUCAGCCUAACUGCAAAUGUAAUAAAGUUUAAGUGUACUUGAGGAACAAAAGGAUUAUUUCAUGAUUAAAACUUCAUAGAAGUCCUCUAUAAACACAUGGAAACGAUUAUACAUCCAUUUUCUUUACAACCUUUGCAAAGUUAAUUUUAUAUAAUGGAUUACACCAACUUGAGUGCUUUUCACUCCCCAUGCGUUUCUAAUAAUAAAAAAAACAAAAAAAAAAACAAAAAAAACAACAACAAGUAUGGUAAUUGUCAUUUUUAAACGUAAUUGUGGCUACAGAUUAAUGUAUCACAUUCACAGAUUAGCUGACAGUCACAGCCACAUGAUAAUCAGAUCGGGUUUAUAGCGUCGAGAAAGGCGAGUGCUUACAUUUACUAUUUAUGAAAAAGUGGUAAAAUUAAUUGGGCUUUUAAUAGGAGUGUUGGGUUUUUAUUUAUUAAAAAUAAUUUUUCAUAACACGAUAAUUCGAGAUCUAGUUUACAAAAUAAACACAAAUUAAAAUAUAUUCCGCUCUUUAAUUAAUUUUACAAAAGCUCUGUUGAAAAAAAUAUCUAUAUCUGUUUUGUAUGGCUAUUUUUUUUUGAUAAGGUAAAUAAAAUAGUGUGUGUGUGUGUGUAUGUAAAUGUAUAUGUGUAUAUAUAUAUAUAUAUAUAUAUAUAUAUAUAUGUAAAUGUGUGUGUUUGUGUGUGUGUAUUUAUAUGUAUGUAUGUGUAUAUAUAUAUAUAUACACUCACAUUUGUAUUUAAUGUUUGUGUGUACAUGUAUAUAAAUAUAUCUCUUAUGAUAUGUAUAUCAUAUAUACACACACACACAUCAUUAUGAUUUACAGAGGUUCACACUCCUCUAAGAACAAGUAUUACUAUCCAUUUAAUUGUUCUGCAUGUAAUCAGUUCCUUAAUUUCCAUUUCAUUUAUUUGCUUAAUAUAUGUGUGUAGCAUGUUUUAUCUCACACGUUAUAAAAAGAGCGUUGUUAUUUUAAUUCUAAUAACGCGCCAGCAUAGUACACAGCGCUGUACACUGGAUGCACUGUUACUAGGCAAUAGGUUGAUGAAUGUAAAUGUACCGUUUGUAAUAUAUUGAAAAAGCCACAAUCACAAGUUAAGUGAACGAGUGCGGUAUUAUUUUGCUGCUAAUCCAUUUAUCUUGCACGAUAAGGCAUUGUAGGGGAGUUUGCUGCUCCAUUGACUGAGCUGAUUAUCUUUAUUAAAUGUUAUUAAAGCAGAUUCACACAAGAGAAGCUCUGUAUAUCUGCAUUCAGUGGCUGUGCCAUUGAUCACUGUAUCCUGGCUUCUAUAGAACGCUGCUGGAGUCCCAGAAAUCGAUUGGGAAUACAUUAUUACAUAUCUGUUAGUUCAUGAAAUACAUGGAGGAUAAAAAGUAGUUAUUAAGAUCACUGGCAUCUUCCCACUGAAGCAGAAUCAAGUGACAUCGAUCAUUUCUCUAGAGUCACAGGGAAAUAUAUGGCAAAUACACCUUGUUAAUUGAAGUUCAUAUGUUGGGUCAUUUAUCAAAGGGUUUCUACACUUAUUGCACGAAGAGGGAAUAAAAAAGCCACAUUUAUCAAAGAAAUACCCCAGUUUGAAGCAAUGGGGGAUUUAUUUCAUAAAACUAUUACGGGAGCUUUUGAUAACUGGUCCCUACCAAGCCAUGGAAUUAAUGAGCCUGUCUUCUCCCCCUUGGCAGGGAUCUAUGAGUGCAAAGAGAAGAGGGAAGAUGUGAAGUCUGAGGAUGAAGACGGACAAACCAAGCUAAAGCAGAGGAGAAGCAGAACUAAUUUUACAUUAGAACAGUUAAACGAGCUUGAAAGACUGUUUGACGAGACUCACUAUCCUGACGCCUUUAUGAGGGAAGAGUUGAGUCAGAGGCUUGGGCUGUCUGAAGCCAGGGUCCAGGUAAGACUAGUGCUGUGACUGCCACUCUCUAGAUCUCGAUCUGGGUCUGGAGCAUGUGGAUAGGGGGUUGGUUACUUAGGGCUUGGAACACACUAGCAAUCGGUAUAAUCAGAGCUGGUACCUGGGGGCAAAGCAAUAUUUUUGUCUGUAAUAAUAACAAUCAAUGGCACAUGUCCUGCUUUAUAAGAAAACAAAGAUAAAUGAGUUUUGCUAGACUUUGAGGAUCUCUGCUACACAGUAUUAUUUUGGAAACAUAUAUUUUGUUCUUAAAAAAAAAAUAUAUGUGAUUAUAUAUAUUUAUAUAUGUUUGUGUGUGUGUAUAUAUAUUUGUGUAUGUGUGUGUGUGUGUGUAUGUAUAUAUAUAUAUGUAUAUAUAUGUAUAUAUAUAUAUAUAUAUAUAUAUUUCACAUGUAUCUAUCCAUUUUUAUUUUUAUGUAUAGAUUUUCAUAUUUAUAUAUAUAUAUAUAUAUAUAUAUAUAUAUAUAUAUAUGCACACACACAUCAAUACAUUUUAUACAUGUUUUUCAUAUAUAUAUAUAUAUAUAUAUAUAUAUAUAUAUAUAUAAAUCUAUACAUAAAAAUGUAAAUGGAUAGAUACAUGUGAAAAAUAUAUUAAUUAUUCAUAUAUAAAAAUGUACUCAAUACACCCAUUUAUGAUAUAAAAAACACAUAUUUAGGACCAGAAAUACAUCUGAAAUAUAUACAUAAAUACAUAAUACAUGGCAUAUUUUUCACUACUUAAUUAUUAAUGUUUUCAGUUAUACAUCCAUAAUAAAGGGAGAAUUAUGCUACCAGCUUAAAAAAAACAUUCUGGCAGCAAAUGCACAUGUUGUCCUAUUAGUUUGCAGCACAAUAUCCCACCUUAUGUCGUUGCCACCACAGAAUAAAAUAGGCCUCUUUAAAGGUUAUUUGGCUGCUUUGGGGCUGGAUUAUCAUGAGCCGGGGGUAAAGGUGCCCCAGAUGACCUGCUUGACAGCCAUAUGGAUUUAUGACAUCCAAGUCUACCCCAUCUGCUCCCUUACUGCUCUCAAAGUGCUAGAAACACAAUCCUGAAAAUGAUUAUUUAGUCAGUAAAACGUAUUUACGAGCUUUUAGCUGAACGGUCAACCUUUAUGACAGGACACAUUGAAUUAAAUCUCUAUUAGACUGAACUUUUCCUGUCUAAAUAUUAAUCGAUUACAUAAACAAUUCAUGGAUGGCAGAAUUAAGGCAAAUAACCAGAAACGUAUCCGAAUGGGAGGGGAAAUUUUAUUCAUUUAAUAAUCAAAUAUUUCAUAUACACUAUAUCAAAAACCUGUAUGAGAACAUAAUUUACCUGAACUAACCUGACCAACUGUGUGAUAUUUAUAUAUACACAUAUAUAUGUUUGUAUGUGUGUAUAUAUAUAUAUGUGUGUGUGUGUGUGUGUGUGUGUGCAUAUACAUGUUUGUAUAUGUGUGUGUGUUUAACUAAAUAAAAAAAAUAACCAUCCAAAUGUAGUUCGUAAUCGUGUGUGUGUAUGUCUAUGUCUAUAUGUAUAUAUAUAUAUAUUAUAUACAUGAAUGCAUACAUAUAAACGUGUGCAUAUUUAUAUUCAUUUUAAUGAUAUAGGUGAAGUGCACGAGUGCUAAUAUAUUAAUAGAAUAAUAUUAUCUGGAGAGAUAUGCAUAUUUCUAUAAAUUGUAUAUCUGUAAAAAUUAAAUAUUGAUAUUUGAUUACAAUAUUUAACUCUUUGGGUGUCAAAGGAUCUCACUCACUCCCAAUAUGGCGUGAAUAUAUAUUUAUAUAUAUCUUUCCUCUAUGUGAAAGGUUGCACAGUCCAGAUGUUGGUAUUGGCUGGAUGUACUAAACACAGUUAACAAGUAAGAUUGGUCUAACCGCGCCACCCAAAUUAACGAAAAGAGGGGAAAAAAUAUAAAUAAACUUUUUGCUGAAGGGGACAUCAACUUUUAUGUCAUUUCCAUUUUUGAUGGUCUGUUUCUAUAAUAUCUUCCAGUGCACUGAUGUAGUGUUUCUAUAAAAAAACAAAUUACUUGUAACUUAAUUCUGCAUCCCCCUCAUUAUUGCAGAGUAGCACCUUCACAGGAUGUUGGAAGUUGCAGAAAAUUGCUUCUUAAACUACUUUCAGAUCAUGAAAAUCUCAGCCAAAAAAAAAAAAAAAGAAAAUAAACUCUAUAUUGAUUCAGGUGGGGCUUGCAAAAAAAAGCAGAAAAGUCGUGGGAGCUAAAAAAAAAUAUUUGUUUGUAUUAAAAGCAGUUUGGAUUUUUUUUCUUUCUUUACAAAAUAAGGAAAAAAAAUAUUAUUUUUUUUUCAAAUGAUUUUUUUUCUUUUGUUAAAAAAAUGAAAAAUCCCAACUGUUUUUUUUUUUUUUUAAAUAUAUAUAUAUUUACAGGCACACUUGUUGAAGCCAGAGAGAGACACAUGUACCACUUGGAUGGUGGCUUUAACAAAACUCCUAUCAGCACACACUGUCCUUGUUGUUAAAGGAUACAGUUUCAAUUUAGAGUGGAAAUUUGCUGUAAAUAAAUUGAUGCUUCUUUGCUGCCUGGUCCUUAUUAACCUUUUAUUUUUAGCGUGUCCUGGAACCUCAUACCAGCCAGCUGUCAGGGUUAUAAUUGAAAGUUAUGAGAGCAGAGUGAAGAGCAGCCCUGCAGUAAUUCAAUUACAAGGAAUAUCUCUUGGUUUACGGCGCAGAGCUAAAUUAAAUGUCAUUAUUCACUGUCUCUAAUGGAAAUCAAAAGGAAAUCAGAUUAGGGGUAUUUGUGAAAGAAAUCACUGAGUGAUCCGUAAUGAAGAAAUAACUAUCUUAAACAGUGUACUGUGCUUUACUUAGCAUAUCCCUGCCUAAUUGGAAUUGAUCGUGAAUAUCGCCCAAGCCUGAUUUAUUAUUGCUUAACUCGCUAGCUAAUUCAUCACCUUUAUUUCUCAUAACUUAAUUACUAAACAUUACUGAGAGAUAACCCGCUUUAUAUCGCAGGAAAUUUUUUUUGGUGUACACAGCUCUACGGUGCUGUGAUGGGAUACAUAUUGAAGAUACAUUGUGCAGGGUUCCAAAAUGUGUCCAUUCCCAAGUGAUAGAACCCUCACUGAUUAAAGGGGCAGUAUGCUCAGUUAUUACUGUUUGAAGAUCCACUCAACUCAGAAAUUUAGUGAAUUAAAAAAUGUAAAAAUUUCGGUUAGAAUAGCCAAACUAUGAAGGAGUAGGGGAAUAUUUGUAGAUUAAUUAGAUUAUCAUUUUAAUUCGCUUCUAUUCUGAGUUUACUGAAUGGCCCCAGUUGAAUGUAUUUUGAGGAUGUGCCAGAGACCCCAAUAUCACGCCAUGUUGCGAUGGGGUCACCCAAAGCUUUGUAUGAAUGUGACAGGCAGGGUCAGGUCUUGCACACAGAUCCAUUACCCAUUACAGAUCCAAUUUUGCAACUACUAAUCCAGUAAGACUAGCUUUACCAGGUCAAACGUAUUUUAAACUUUUUUUUUUUUAUGGCUGAGCAUCGUGAGAAGUCCAGUUCAUGCACGUUUGCAGUACAAGCCCUAGCUAUCCCUGAGCUUGUCCUCUACCUUUUUGUCCAGCCCCAUCACAAAUCUCCUGUGGCUGGUAGGUCACGUGUGGGGGCAUGUGGGUUACCUAGAAGUGUGCUUGGGGUCUGUAAACUGCCCGGGCCUCAUUCACAUUGCUUUAAUUGAGCCCCUAUCAGUAUAAAGCUAUUCACUAAGAAUGCGAUGCGGAGCUUAGGACGUGAUGUUACAUGCAGUGAGCUCAGUGCAGUCCUGGGCUGGAUUAUAAAUGCCCGAGCAGACUUGUUUUGCACUAAUUACUGGCUUGUAAAUGGCCAUCAUUAAGGCAAUUGAAUAAGGCAAUGCAUAAAGCACAUCCAGCAUUAAUUAACCAUGUGAUCACUUAACAAGCACAAGACACCUUCAAUACAAGGGAAGCUUACUUACCCUUAGGAUUCACCAUUAUCGAUUCAUUGAUUGUGGGCUUUAUUUACAAGAGAGGCUAUUAAAAUAUUGAAAUCCUUAAAAUAUUGAAUUGCUAACAGUAUAUAAAUGUCAGUGCUAAAAGUAAACACAGUAUGCAGGUAUUAGAUGUAAAUGAAAUAAGCCAGUAGCUUUGAAUAAUUGCAGAUCCUUCUAUUAAGGAGCCAGCCUCUAUUCGUUUGGUAUUAAUAUAUAAAUAUUCAUAAAAGAUGGGAGGAGCUGGAGUUGUUUGUAUUAACUGCUUAUAAAAAGGAUAUGGAAAUCUGACGGCUUUGCUGCGAUGGACUCCAAGUCCCAUCACGCUUAGCCAGACAGUUAAGAGCGUGCUCGGCGUGAUGAGAGUUAAAGUCAGCAUCUGCAGACGUUUUGAAAAUGUAAUCUAGGAGCAAGUUUGUAACGAUAGAUAUGCUCAACCCUCAUUUUUUUAAUUGAUCAUUUUAUUUCUAAAAAACAAAAAACGUUUAAUAAAUGUCUGUAAGUAUCCAGGUAAAAUGAGAAAUUUUAGUUUAUGCAAUAAAUUAAAACAAACAAAUAUAUUUAUAGCAUCUGUACAUACCUAGAACAAGACUGGACUACCUGUAUACAUCACACUCAAGGAGAAUAUGUAGUGUUCCUUUGGGAGUUGUGAUCAUUAAUCAAUAGACCAUAAUAGCCGAUUAUGAAAUGUUAUCUAUUUCUAAGGUCUAUUCACUAAACAGUUUGUUGUGCUGCGUUGACUAAAAAGUCAAAAUUUUGGAAUUAAAAAAAAGUGUUUUCAAGCUCACUUAUCUUGGCCUUUAUUUUAAAGUUGCCUUUAGAUUAACUGUAAUUCACUGCUUAGUAAAUUACCUCCCAUAGGCUACAUUGGUACCUUGUUUGGAAAAGGCCAGAUUAAUCUCAUGAUUUGUUUCAGCAUAAAUAAUAGCUUCCUGAUCAGCACUCAACUCAUGGCUUAACAUUUUGUAUGUCAAAUUAAUAUUAAUAAAUUACACUGUUUACACUUAGUAUAUAAAUAUAUCAUAUUAUUUAAAAAACAAUAUAUAUCAUAUACAUGAUUAAUAUAUCUCACACGAUAAAGUAUUUGGAAUUAAUUUGAAUUAAUAUUCAGUAAUAUUGUAAAUAAAUAUUAUGUAAGCAGCAAGAUUUUAACCAGGAUAUUGAAAUCAGUAAAUGAAUUCAAUAUUUUUUUAUGCUUUUUGUGUUUCCUUUAGAAUUAAUUGCACCAGUUCAAAUUGAAAGCUUCCCCACUAUAGAAAUAUACCUAUAUUUGUUUAAAAAAUAAAUUAAAAAAUGAUUAUUUAUAUAUAUAUAUAUAUAUAUAUAUAUAUAUAUUGCACACUUGCUAUGAACAAUUUUUUUAAAUUUUUUUUAAUAUUUUACUUUUUUUCAUAAUACAGCCACUAAAUGCACUAUUUAAUAGGUCUGGCAAUGCCCAAGCUUCCUGUGUAAGCUCUGUUACAGAGUCAGCUCUGGGGGAUCUUCCAGAGUAACAGAAACUACAAGCUGUUUUUAGGGAUGCACUUCCCAUAGAUAUCAGGGACAUGGCUUGCAUUGCUGAAUACUGUGCAGCUGCUCAGCCCUUAAGUCAAGAGGCCUUGAUACAUAUCUACUGAUAAGUAGUCUUUUCCAUCUUACUCUAAGCAGGUUCUAGGAUAUCAUACUGUGGAGUAAGCUUGUGAGAAAGGAUAGAAGGCCAUAUUUGAGCCUUAAUCUAAUUUUACCUUCGAUAAAGUGUCAUUAGUGCUGUAAAUAUUUUAUUUAUUUUUUUAUUUCAUCAACUGAUGACCAAUAACACAUUAUCAUUUUAUAUACAGGUUUGGUUUCAGAACCGAAGAGCAAAAUGUAGAAAACAAGAAAAUCAAAUGCAUAAAGGUGGGUAUGGUGAGUACCCAGUUGAACACUUUUAUUACAAUUAUCUCAUUAACUCAAGGUCGACAUCAGUCACCCAGCUGAAAAACUGUAAAUAUUGUGUAAUUAAAAUAAAAAAUAGCAUUGGCAGUGAAAAUGAAAUGAUAAAACUUAAAUUAAGCUAUUUUAUUUUCGAGUGUAUCUAUGGCUACAAAUUUUAUUAAAUUCAGGGCAUACUUGAAAAUUAGGAGGAUCUAAAUUUAUCCUUCCUGCAUUAAUUUUAGAAAUAAUUCUUAUUAAUUUGGCAUGCCUGCUAGCAAUUUCUGUAUUCUCCAUUGAAAUAAAAUGACGUAAAAUAUAAACAAACAUUAGACUUUUUUCAGUUACAGCAAAUGCUGUCCGCAUAGUAUAUGGUUCUUUCAUCCCAUCCUGCUCUAUACAUUUUACUGAGCUGGGGUUUAGGCUGGUCAUAGCGGUUCUUGCCUUUAAGUAAAUAUAUGAAGGUCAAUGGGUCAUUCAUUGAUCUCUGGACAAUCCAUUGACCUCCAUGUAUUUACUUAACGUGUGAUCUCUUUCACUAGAUCACAUCCUGAGAGGCCUGGAUGGGGAAAAGUAACACCUUAAUGUCAGUUUACUCAAACUGCGGAAUAAUGAGUUUAUUUAAUAGGUUAACUACAAAGCAAAAUAAAUGGAACAGAGGGGAAACAAAUAUUGUAGAAAAGCCACUGGUCAGAAGUGCCAAGCAGUGUCAAUUUUCUGACGGAAAUUAAACGUUUUUAUUUUUUUUAUUUUUUUUUUAAGUCACACAAAGCUUUUCUAUUACGGCAACAUUAGACAUCAAAUAGCAAAAAUACUGACAUUCAAAUCACGUGCAAGUAAAGUGUAAAAUAUUUCACUCCAAUACUCUUUUCAAAUUAAAACAAGUUGGCAUUUUUCACUUUGUUGUAAAACAUCUUUAAGCGGUUAAAAUAUAAUUUGUAGCGACAGGUUCGUGUAUCUUAUACUAAUAUUCUUUAUAUUAAAAAAAAAAAAGUUGUGUAAAGAAGACUUAUCAAGUACCUUAAAUAUCAAAUUAUCUAAUAUAUCUUAAGGAAAGUUAUAAUGCAUGAGUUAGCUUGUUAACGGUCCUCUACCAAAAGCAAGAAUUGAAUAUUAUUAUUAUUAUUACUAUUUUAUUAUUUAUAUAGCGCCAACAAAUUCCAUAGCGCUGUACAAUGGGUGGACUAACAGACACAUAAUUGAGAUAAGACCACUGACGUAUGAAUUUAACAGGUAGUACUCCUGUUUUGGUUUAAUAGGCGCUAUCCUAGUAUGUACAAACAUCAUUUGGUAUGAAAUUAUAAUUUUAGAUUAUCUUCAUGAUAAAAGGAAAAGUAUUUGGUCAUGCAAAUACUUUAAAGACCAUAAUAUAAAUAUCUUUCUUCUUGUAUACUCCCCAGUGUCAUUGGCUUCUAAAUGUUAACAAUUUAGAAAAAGCCUUGCAUUUUUCUAUUAAAGCAGUUAUAUAUAUGGAAGGCUUGCAUUUUUCAGCUAGAAGACUGAUUAGUUGAUCCACACAUUAUUCAUGUAUCCCAUUAUCACAUGACAUCCCAAGUAACACGCUAUAUUCUUUUAUAAUUCCAGGUGUUAUUCUGGGAACGGCGAGUCACUUAGAAACUUGCAGAGUUGCUCCUUAUGUGAACAUGGGUGCACUGAGAAUGCCUUUCCAACAGGUAAUUUAUUUUAUCAUCAUCCUUUAUGUUCUGAAUGUGAGUUAUACAUAUGCUUGUCAGUUAUUGCCAUGUUCAAAUCUGUUUAUUUCUACAUGCAUUUUUAGAAAAGUAUUUCCAUGUUUUGUGUAACAGUGACCAGUGUAAACAUUUUAACCCAACUCCCUAUUUGAACGCAAGUCAAUUAAAAUUAAUGAGAUGUCAAAUGACAUAUUUGAGACUGAAAGAGGAAAUGAGGCCUAGAGAGGGAGCCACACACAUACACAACUAUUUUUGAAAUUUUUACAUCUCAUUUACAAUUUUCUUUUUUAAAUACCACAAGUAUUCACACUGCAGUAUGAAAGUGAUUCGAAUAAGUUUAUUUUUACUUGUACUUUAUAAAAGUAGUUAAACGCCGUGUGUUAUAGUGAGCAGCGCAAACAUUUCAAGCUAACUCCCUAUUCGAAGAUAAACAUAUUAGUUAAAAGUAAUGCGAUUUGAAUUGGCAUGUUUGUUACAGAAACAGGAAACUAAGCUUAGGGAGAGAGGGACACACACAUGCAUGCACGAACACACACAAUUAAAAAAUAUAUAUAUUUUCUUACUGACAACAUGUCUUUAUAUAUUAUUCAGGCUGUACUAUGAAUGCGAUUUUACCUAUUUGCCUAAAGUCAUGCUACUGCAGUAUUUUGCAUGGUCUUAUGCCAACUGAACUGAGAAAACAGACCAAUUAGAUUUCUAAUUUUGCCCAAACUCUCUAUUUCAUUUAUCAGAAAAGUAUUAUAAAUUUAGUGAUGGUUUUACAUCACUUUACUUUGUGCUUUUUAUCUGUUGCCGUCUAAUUUUGCCUUAAUAUAUGUUUAUAUAAUGUCAAAAAUAAUGCAGCAUAUAUCUGAUGUAGAUUUUAGAAUGCUUUUUCUAGGUAAUGUAAAUAUAAUGUACACGGUUAUAGAUCUAUAUAGUAUAAAUCGGGCUCUUUCGAACUUUUGGUGACCCAAAAGCCUCUUGACAAAGCUUGUGUGUGCAGUUACAUUGCUACAUAAAGUUUGCACGGAGAAGAGAGCAAAUGACUGGUGUACAUGUGGUUAUUGGACAGAUGUCCAAAGCAAAUGUUUUGAAUCAUAUUCAUUUUUCUUGGGCCAUUUCAGUUAGAUUUUAUGGAUGAAAAUGUAGACAAACAUAAGUGUCCCAUGACAAAUUUGCACUAUGCCACCCACAACCGUACGAGACUUGGCGUGCAUAUUUUAUUUCUCUACUAGACAGUGCCCUGCAUAUAUUAUCGCUCUAGGUGGGUUGGAUGUACAGGGACUACUAGUUCUGCUAAUAUUAAAGCUACAUUAUGGUUAUAUUCAGAAUCCAUGGGAAUUAGGAAUAUGGAAUACGUAACGUAAUGAAUGUUGCAAAUCUUUCAAUACUGAAUAUAAGUAAUUUGGUAAAGCAGUAUCGCUUUUUUGUGGGUUCAUAUGGAUAUUGACAGAAUACGAUCUUGCGUAUCUGUAAUGUGUAAGGUGGAUAUUUUUUCAAUUCUGUAUUAUCGUUAUUUGUAUAGUUAUGCGUGCAAAUAUAUAAAGUGCAAAUCAGUAUAGGGAUGAUUGAGAGUGUUAACCGCAAAAAUGCAACCACAUGAUGAUGCAAGCGAUACUUAUAUGAGCAAAAGUAUAGAAGCGCAUAUUAUUACUAUUAGUAGAGCCAGUGCAAUAAAUUCAAGAGUUGCAAGUUCUCUGAUUAACCGAAAAAUGUCAGGAGACCUCAAUAGCACACUUUGGGGGGGGGGUUACUGUAUAUGCACAUAAUUUUGUAAAUGUAAAAUAAAACAUUUGCGGGUAAAAAUAUUUGGCGUUAUUACAAUUUUUUUUGUUACAUAUUACAUUGCUUUUUGUUAUAAAUAUGCAUGCUAAGUUAAUGAACAGUUAACCUACAUUUUUUUCACCAGAAGGCCUAUUUUUAAAAAGCCUAGUAAUGACCUUAGUAAAAACACAUAUAUAAGUGUGCCAUUUAUUAACAUUGUCACUAGUGAGAUAAAAUUUAACAGCUAAAAGGCAUUUUAGUCCAUAAAGAUCAAGAAUUUAUACUAUUUGGUGACUUGAUUUUAAGUACUGGCAGGAUGGCACAACAUUUUACAUUUUCUUAUAUAUAUGCUGAAGAAUACCACUAAAUCUUUAAUUUUAAACUCUCAAAAUUAAACAUUGCUAUACAUAUAUCAUAAAUCGAGGAAAAGAAAUGUGUGUGUGUGUGUGUAUAUAUAUAUAUAUAUAGUUCCUAUUCUAAGCACCAAUUUUGUGUUAAAAAGUAUAGCUAUGUCCCUCGAUACAUUGCCCCAUAAUUAAAGAAUAUUCCGAGAUGGGAUAGAAUUACUGCAAAUUGUUAGUGAAGCUAUAGGAAGGAGUAAAAAAAUAAUCAUGUUACAAUAUUUUAGAUUUCUAUACUCUAUAUUAGUUUAUUUUGGACUAUAUUACCAGGAAGGAUCUGCAAUGUAUAAGGAACAAGUUAAUACAUUUCCAUCAGGCCCUCAUUUUAUACUAUAUCAAAAAUGUUUAGUUUUUUUAAAGGCAGUUACAUUUUAUAAAAUGCUCUAAUAAAUUCAUAUUCCUGCUGCUUACUCAACUUUUCGUCAAUCCCCUAUUCACUGCCCAGUACUCGAAUUUUCUUUACACAAGCUAAGUUCAGUUUAGUAACAGAAUUUUACCCUUUUCCUCUAACAUUUUAAAGGAAGUUGAACAAAUCUUGACUGUAUGUGGUUUAAUAAAAAUCAUAAUUUUGCACCUAUUUGUUGUGUGUGAAAAGUCACAGUAAGCAAAUCAUUCAGUUGGUGUAACUAUUAUACAUCAGCCCUUUUAGUUGAAAAUUUGGGUGUCUUAUGUUGUAGCCAAAGGGCCUACCGUUAUUAUAGCUAGCUAACAUUUUAAACAUAUUUUUGGAUUUAUCUUGAUAUUUUUUAACACAGGGUUUUGUAAACAUUGAGUACAUUUAUUAAAGGCAAUGUUAUUUAUUCCUUAAUAGCAGUUGUAUUGAUAACAUUUUUGUUUGGUUUUAAUUAAUGUGCUGCAAGUCAGUUGAUGAAAUCUAAUUGGUUAUUCACUAAACAGUGCUGAAUUGAGAACUGAUUUGCAAAACGAUUAUUUUUGUAAUAUUUUAUGAUUAUCCUAGCGCAGCCUUUUUUUUUUAUAAAUUAAACUGAGAACCAAGAAACAAACAGUUAUAUGUCAAGAUACUCUUUUAAUUUGUUAUCGAAAAGGAUCAUAGCAUAAUAACGUACAUGUCAUUAAAUAUUUCUAUUUAUGCACAUUAAUCCUAUGUGAUUGUAGCAUCAUUGCCACUUGAAAUUUUAAAUAAAUACCAAUCCUCUGGAAAAAAUAAAUAAAAGAAAAAGCAUUCUUAUACACAUUUCAUAUCUUCCUUAUCUUUCGUGCAAUUAACAAUGUAAGUGACAACACAAUAGGAUUAAAGUUUGUGGUUGGCAUGAAGUAUAUUUCACAGUUCUCUAGAAAAUAAAUAAGGCAAUAAUUGCAAAUACAUGUACCAAAAUUAAAUACGUCCAACAAAAUGAAACAAGUUUUUAUUAAUAUUUCAAAGUCCAUAGAACUCAGCAGAGCAAUUACUGUCAAAAAAGAGAAACAAAUAAAUUAAAGAGCAAAAAAAGUCAUGAAGUCAACAAAGUUAUUUUAAACUAUUUUUGAGUUCUACAAUGGAAAAAUGCAUAGCAACACUGCUCAUAGAAAAAAUACUUCAAUAUAUUACCAUUUAAAAAAAAAUAAUUUAAGCUUUAUGAUUGUUUGCAGUAAUACAAUUAACAAUAUUAUGACAAUUAUUAUAUUUUUACUCUGGCAACAUAGUUUGCAAAAAAUACUACAAUAUGUGAAUGCAGGCCGUAAUAAUUAAUCAAAACGACGUAAGCUAGCACUAACAUCUUUAAUUAUGAAAAGUGAAAAAAAUAAAAUAAAAUAAUUCGCGAGCAAUAUUUCUUAAAGUACUUCUCUGCAGACCACUGUUUAUGACCCAUCCUUUGCCAGUGUGCGCAAGUCCCACAAAUGUUGCUGGCUUAGAUAAGUUGGAUGACAGUGUGCGCAAGUCCCACAAAUGUUGCUGGCUUUGAUAAGUUGGAUGACAGUAAACACUGUUUAUGAGUUGCACAGACACUAACAUCACUAAGAGCCUCAACGUGAUAGCUUGUUAUGGUCUUAUGAGUGCUGGCAUGAGCAAGUUUACAUGUAGUGUAAUUGUGGAGUACGCAACUCACACAUAAGGCCUUGCUUACUUGUUUGCUACAAAACAAAAUAAUUUUUGAGAAUAUCUCCUUUUAAGAAGUACCUUCAUAUACUAUUUAGAAGUACCUUCAUGUACUAUUUAAUACAUUACGGUUUACCUGAUCUGCUCUUCUGACCUUGUGUAAAUAAACUAAAUGGUGGUCGGUAUUGGUGGUAUGUUGUGUGCUAUUCUCUAGUCACACUAUUGCUACCAUUAUAAGGACGUUAUUAGAUAUAAUCAGAAAAAUUUAUUGGAGGUAUCCAAAUGAUAUUUUUGUCUACUUGUUUUUUUGUUUGUUUUUUUACUUUUAGACAUUAACGCUCUUUUUACACAUUUAAUGUCUGUCACUGCUUACUACAAACAUAUAAAUAUAUAUGUCUUGGCAGUUAUAUGCAUUGUGUAGUAAUUCAGUCCAAUUAUGUGCCCAACGUAGGGUAGCAAAAUAUCUUCAAAACAAAAUUAAUAGUACUGCCAAACCUGUUUGCACUUGUAUGUUGUAGAAAAUAUAUAAUGAAAUACACAGUUACAAAUUAAAAGUUAAGCAUAGAAAUCUGACAUAUUUAUCACAGCAUUUGAAAUUUGACCUAAGUAUUUAAAUGUCUUGGUAGAUGCCAUGAUACCUAAUUAGGAAAGCGCUUUGAGUGAGAAUAUUGUGUAGAUUCCAAACGUGCAUUCUCAUAUAAGAAUACAUGUAGUAUUGGACCCAUAACAUUUUAUUUUAGGUAUAUUAGCACCAUUGUUGAUACAUUAAAACUUUGCAUAGUUGUUACUUUUAUUAGUAUAAGUAAUUAAUAGGUAUUAAUACAUUAAAAUCUUACAAUAUUCCUUAUAAGUUUAAAAAUAUAUAUUGGAUGUUACUCUUUUCUGUUGGGCUUAAAAUAUUAAUAUGGUUAUUGAUCUUAUUUGUACAAUUACACCAAAGAGAUAUGUUCUUUACAAAGCUAAACUUUCUCUGGAUCUGGAUUUAAAAGUCAGGCGACUGUAGGCACAGAAUUCUAAGGCAUACCCUGUUCCCCAAACCCAAUAAAAUACAUAUGAAUAAGUAUAAUGGAUUUAUUAACUGGACAUUGCAGGCCUAAAAACAUUAAAAAAUCAUAUGCAUAUUUGAAAACUUUAUAUAUAUAUAUAUAUAUAUAGAUAAAAUUCUUAUCUUGUAAUACCUUUAAAUAUAUAUAUUUCUGCUUGUAAUGUAUUGGAACCUGUGAGUGUAUGCAGCUAUGUAAAUGCACGCAGGGCUCAAGAUAAUGUUAGAAGUGGUUUAUUGUUAUUUGUUUAAUAUUUUCAAAAAUUCUUUAAUAAAAAAUGAUUUGAAUAGAUGUGGUUAUGUAAAGGGGAUUAACAUCAGAGUGAGAUUAUAUAGGGUGUUUAGUGUUUAUAAGAUCAACAUCUUAAAGGGCAAUUGGUAUUGCGGUUGUUUAAGGACUAUUGGGUUUAGAGAUGGGUAAAACUUUGUGUUUGGGCACAUGAUGUGUUUCAGUAUACGUUAAACACAGGAAUAAGGUAAUAGGUUUAUUUCAAAGUUUAGGCUUUCAAUGCUGGAAUUUGCAGGGUUAGCUUAAAUUUCUCACUUCCUAUGCAUUUUGUGGCCCUUUCAGAUUGAUGAUAUUAAAACUGCAAGAGGUUUUGUACAGAAUGUAUCACUCAUAGCUUCCCAUGCUCCUCCUGCAAUGCAUUUCCUGUGUGAGAGGUUACUAGAGGGCAGAUGGGAAGUGAUUCAUUCCACUUCCUGUCCAGCCUCACACACAGACAGUGGAUGAGCUGAGACAGCAUUAAGUUUUACACCUGCAGCUCUGCUAUUAAGGUGGAUGGAACUAAAAAGGACACUGACCCGGGCUUUGGUGCUUAUCUCUCCCCACUAGCCUAUUUAUACUCAAAAGGCACAUUAAAAGUGUUCAAAACAGCUCCCCAGUAGAUUGGUAACUAUAGAGAGGAGCCCUGACUGGCUUACAAAAAGACUACUAUUUAAACUAAUGCACAUUUGCUUAAGGUAAAACUAAUGUAAUGGCUAUGGGCUAUAUAAUGUUUAAAUGUUACAUACUAGCAUUUAAAAGUAUGUUAAAUAUUAUAACACCAUUGACAAAACUUUAGAGUCUGUUCUCUAAUUUGUCUUGUAAAUCAAAUGGUUUGGCAAAAUUGUCCCUAAAGUAUAUUCUUCCAAAAAAUGAAAAUAAAAAAUGUUUUUAAAUAUCAUAUAUUUUGCUAAAAACUAGAAAAAUCCUUUUCAAUUCAUGCCAAUGAAUGCCAAAUGGAUGGAUGUUUCUUGAAGCAAAAAUGCAAAUGCAGAUUCAUUACAAAAGCCAGAUUUGUCCAAUAUACAUAGGAUGGUGACAAAGCACCCAAGAAUACACGACAGCUAGAGUAAAAAUGUAUACCGUAAUCUGAUUUAACAUUAAAGGUGGGACAUAAGUAGUCUAUGUGAGUCUGUAUUGAGUGGAUGUUUGACCCAAGAAGCAGAAUUGAUAUUGGUAAAGUAAAUAAGUGAAUCUAUGCACAGGUCCCUUUUUCUUAUCAACUGAGAUUAGGUGAGUAGGAAAGGAGGGAACAUAACUAUUUACAUAGGUAGAUAGUAGGGGGUAUAAGGAAAGGAAAAAGGGUAACAUUAGCAGAGUAUAAGAAGGUGGUGGAGGGAGAAGAGAGAUGUCUCAGCCUUCCAACUAGGACCUUUAUCAGUAUUUCUUUGAGAUGGUAACCUUGAUGUGCGUAUCGUGUUUACAUCUAGAAUCACUGAUGAGAGUGUUUUACUUCUCUCAGAUGUUUAUACUCACACACACUUCGAGAACACUUGCAAUAUUUUUGACACUCACACUUUACUUGCAUGAGAAAUGGCUAUAGUCCUGACAGCUAAGGAACAUCAGAAUCCUAGAAAAGUUAAUUCAUGUGACAGUUCUUUGAGGGAAGCAAAAAUUCUUGGCCCCUCAUAGGGUUUACUUAAAUUCUGCUAGCAUUCCAGAUUUUUCUUUAUCAACAGUUACAUAGUAAUAUAUGUAUAAUUAUAACUUAUAUUCCUUAACCUAAAUAUUUCAUAUAUUUCGGUUUCUGCUGUUGACCAAAAAAAAAAAAAAGAGGAAAGAAAAGAAAAUACAUCCAAUGGGACUUCAAAUGAGCAAUCAGAUUAAUCCGAUUUCUCCUUGGAUCAAUUAGCUGUAAAUAUCACCCAUUUUAAGUACAGCCAUAAAAAUGGUUCAGAAGAUAUGGCAUUGGAUAUUUGCUGUAAAGAAUUAAUUAAAAGCAGGAAAGCAGAAUCGUGCUGGCCCACAGAGAUACUGAGAGAUUUUUCAGUGGGCCCCUCAAGCUUGGGGUCAGCAAAAGAACCUUUCGGUUUGGAUUAAAAAUAAUUUAUUUGGCCAUUGAGUAAAGUGGGGUGUCUAUUUAUUGAUAGGUACAAGGAGCAGUGACAAUCCAUCACUGCUUCUCACUGUGCUCAGUUCUGGCAGUACACGUGGAUCAGCUACAAACUUUAAAGGAUACCUACAACUUUUAAAAGAGCAUAUAAUUUAAUCUAUACAUUGUGCUAGAAAGUGUACAGUUUAGGAAAAACUAUUACAAAUAUAAAUUUCUCCCACCUAUCAGUCAAUUCAAAACUGACUUUCAAGAGAUAGCAGAAGAGACUUCCCAAUGGUGAUCCUUCUGCUCUCCACACAUAGCAACCAUAGUGAAUGCGCGGUAGUUGCUAUGGUAACACUCUAGUGGAUGCUGCUAAAGCUGACCUGUAAGUACAGUAACAGAGUGCUUGACAUCCCUCAGUUCAGACAUCCCUGUACUGUUAAGAAAGUCAGGUUGUCGGCAAUACAGAGGAGGUUUGCCUUGCUUGAAACAGACCACUUUACCCCCUUUGACAGCCCAGGUGGGACUCCAAAUGUCUGUUAGUAAGGAGGAGCUUAAAUAGGAAUGUGCUGUGUCUUUGUGUGUUAGUAAGUAUAUGUGCUGCUGUGUGCUUCCAAGUUUGUUAAUGUCUAUGUGUGGAUCAGUGAGUGUAUGAGUCAGUGAGUGUGUAUGAGUUGGUGAGUGUGUGCGUGCCACUGAGUGUAAGUGUGUAAUGGUCAGUGAGUGUGUGAAUGUGUGCGUGUUUGUAUGUAGGUAAGUGAACCUGUGUUUGUGAAUGUUACUGAACAUGUGUGGAUCAAUGACUACAUACUUUCCUCAGAUCAUUUGCUACAUAUUGUAGAAAAUAUUUACUUAAUUAUUAUGAUCUCUUCAUUACAUAGAAACACUUAAAUUAAUAAUAUAUAUAAUAUAUAUAUAUAUAUAUACAUAUAUAUAUAUAAUUUCUAAGCAAUUAUUUGUAUGUAAAGUUUUAUACUUAAGAUUUGUAAAUCUCAAUAUAGAGCACAUACAUUAAUAUAUUAGUAUAGUACACAUAUAUUAAUACAUGCAUUAAUAUGUAUAUGAAUUCAUAAUGCCACUCAGAAAUCACAUACACAAAAGAUUUAAUGACACCUUUGUAUUCCUACGAAUUGUAGCAAAUUAAAAUCCAAAUGGUAUAAUUAGAAUUUAGGUCAAAUAGUGAAGCUAAUAGCCAAUGUGAAGGAAUUUAGAAUAAACAAUCAAGGUUUCAGCAUAAUUUUUAAAAAGUCCUAUGCAUUCACUUCUUCACAUUGGAGAAGUCAUUUUACAUUCUCUGUUUCUACCUUUCAUGUAAAUCAGCUCAUAUGCUGAUGGGAUACAUUAUAGGACACAACGCCCUGAUGAAUACAUCCAGUAACUUUAUGUUUUGGCCCAUGAAAGUCCAUUCCUCCUAAUAAGCAAUCUCACAGGAAGGUGGCAGAAGUGUGGGGGCAAUAAUGGCUACCUGCUACUUGCUUUCCAGUUACACUGCCCCCCAUUAAAAGGUUGUAUUUAAAUAUUAGGAUGUACAUGACAAUCCUGUUUAUUUCUCAUCUUCCUACCUCCUGUGUUGGGAAGGAUAACAUUCUAAAGAAACACAAUGUCUCGAGCUAUGUGACAUUUUUUUUUUUGCUAAUAUAUUUUUGCUUUACUAUUGUAUUUAUUCCUUAAGAAUUCAGUAAAACAUCAGAAAAUGGUCUUUUUGUAUUUAAAAUUUUCCCCAAGUAGAAUAUUUGAUUUGUCAAUCUUCUUAAAUAUGCAUCAUAUUAACUUAGACAAUUUGUUUUUUAGAAUAGGUAGCACACACUACAGAACUGAACAAAACCACUACAGAACAUUGCUGUAUUAUGCAGAUGUUAAAUAUUAGGGGAAAAAUUCUGCUAUAAGCAAAUUGAAGUUUAAGUUUUUUUUUAAAAUUAUUAUUAUUAUUAUUAUUUUUUACUAAACUUUUUUCCUUUAAGAGAAAGUUUUUGAACUUUCAUUUGAAUAUAUAUAAACAGAGUGAUAUAUGAUACUUUUUACUUGUAUAAUUAUGAUUACAAUUAUUUAUACAUCAUCAAUAUAUUCUGCACCGCUGUACAGUAGGUAAACCAGAAAACUUUUAAAUCUAAAAAAACCCAUAUGGCAUAUGAGAACAGUAGAUGAAGAGCUUGCAUUCUAAAGGACAUAGUUUUCCAUUAUUAACAUUUGACAUUUGUAUUUAUAUAAAGUAUAAGUACACUAGAUGAGAUAAUUUCAAUUUUAAGAUUGAAUAGAAUAAAGACUUAAGAAAAUAAAAAAGUUACUCUAUGCAAAACUAUAUUAGAUAGGUGAAAGUGAGUCAUAUGCCUCAAAAAAAUUAAAACAGAAAAUAUUGCUGAAUUUGAUGCAAAAAGCAGUUGAAUUGUGGUGGCACCCAUCUAAAUAACAAAUACAUUUUACUAUAAUUUGCCCAUCAAUUCUUGUAAAACCAUCCAAUUAAGAGGACAAAUGAAACAUAAAUCACACAAUUGAUAGUUUUUCUUAUAUAUUACUAUGUUUUAAUUUGCAUCACAACAGUUAAUCCAUUUGCUUUUAAAUAUUAUGAAUGAAAGGUCAAUGAUAACUCUGUUUCAAAAAUCAAUGCUAAGCAAUUUAUGAUAUUUGGAGCUUAGGGGGAAUAACAAAAUCAUUACUUUUAGAAUAUUUUCGUCAGACUAGUUAAUUAGUUUUUGUACAAUACAUUUUUGAAGUGAAAGGUUUUGAUAAAUAUUCGCUAUAUUGACAAGUGUUAAUCACGAGCACUCAGGAAUAAAAAAAAAAGAAAUAAAUGUCCAUCAUGAAUGUAUUGUUUAUCUCAAUUUCAAAGAAAGUGCUCGCUAUUUUAUUUUAAUAUCUGCGUCUGUUACCAAUAGGGGAAGGACCACCAAAGCCUUAAAAAGUGCAUUUAGAUGGAAUUUUGAGUGAUUUAAAAGUCAUAAUUAUGUCACUACUUAAGCAAUUUCCACAAAUAUAGCAUAUUCUUUUUUGAAGUGUUACUAAAAUACUUCUGAGCCAACUACAGGGGAUAUAUAUCAAGUUUCCAGAAUAUUUUGCUGAAGAAAAAACUAUGCUGCAUUGAAAUAAACGUUAUUAAAUAUUUUAAAAAGCAAUACAUUUUUAUACUUUGAUAAAAAUGUGUGUAGUAUAUUUUCACCAAUCUUACUUCAGAGUCACACCUUUUGAGCUUUUAUUAUAAUUUAAUAUGAAAAGAUCACUUGCCACCUUGCUGAAUAUUUAGCACUUGAACAAAAUAUUUUAUAGCAGACUCAGCAGACAGUUACCAUCAACUGGGGCUUUUUGUUAGUAUUUUGGCAAGCCGAAUAGCUGGCAUGCCAAUAUAUUCUAAUGUAUUUUAAGAUGUCUGAAAUGCUCCAACAUAAAUAUAAACCAGUUGUGUAUAAUGAAAAGUUAUGACGUUAAAAAAUGUAGAAAGCAGUAAACGAAGCAAACAAAAUUACUAAUGGCUAUAAUGGCUAUAGCAUUGCAGUUAUGUAUCCUUAAAUGUGAAAUCCUAUUUUCCCUCGUUAAGCCGCAAAAUAUACAAAAAGCACAUUUGCAAUAUCCUAUUUAUGCUGUUAUAGUGGUUUCAGAAUAUUACUUUUUAAUGUAGAAAAAAUCAAAUGCAUUUGUCCUAAUCCUGUCUGAUAUAUGAACUGCAAUAGACACACAAAAUUUAGGCCAAUAUAUGCAGUUGUAAAUGUUGAAAUAUACUGGUAACUACUAUUCAAGCGCACAUAAAUAGAAGUCUUUGUAUUGUUUUUAGAACGUGCUUGUUUUCUAAACAUUACAUUUUGCGUGGAUAUGUUUGUGGUUUUAUAAUUUUUUUUUAAAUUAGUACAAAUGUAAAUGUAUCUAGAGUGUGCAGAACAAGAUAGAUUUCCUCCUAUGUAUAAUCAUUUAGGAAGGAUUUUGAGCUUUCAUUAUUGUCACCUUAUAGAAACCUGGGAUACAUAACAAUAUACUGCUAUUUGUAACAAAUCAUUUUUUUUCCCCCUCAAAAUGUAAUCCUGUUGAAUAAGAAAAAUAAUACUUUUACAAAAUGAUUGUGUAUGUGUGUAUAGUACGGAUAUUUUCUUUAUAAAAUAAGAAAAGCAUCUUCAACUCCAGUUUUUAUAUUGUAUCAAAACUGGUAAUUAUUUUCAAUUGGGUGCAGCAGUCCAUGUAUUGUACCCAGAGAUGCUGGACAUUUGGAGAAGACCCUCUUGAUUCAUUGGUGUGAGUUGAUGAGAUAUUAAAUAAGAAACAACCUAUGACUGCAUGUCUCUAUAGAAAACUGAGAUCCGUAUCUAAUGUGUGUUUUAUCUUCCUAGGUCCAAGCUCAGUUACAGUUGGAAGGUGUUGCCCAUGCACAUCCUCAUCUUCAUCCACAUCUUGCUGCCCAUGCUCCCUACCUGAUGUUUCCACCCCCACCUUUUGGACUUCCAAUUGCCUCUCUGGCAGACACAGCGUCUGCUGCAGCUGUAGUAGCGGCCGCAGCUAAAAGCAACAGCAAAAACUCCAGUAUUGCUGACUUACGACUCAAAGCCAGGAAACAUGCUGAGGCUUUGGGACUUUGACAAUUUGGUCACUGCAAACUGAAUUCCUUAUUUCCUUUUCCAGCUCUAUGAGACUCUACAGGCACCAAAUGUGUUGGUAAAAUACUUUUAAAGAAUAUAAAAAAACAUUACAAAUUAUUAAUGGGCCUACACCCGUUUGUCAUGAAGAUCCAUAAAAUGAAUGGAAGAGUCUUUCAUUAAAGGCACCGUUUGGGUCAGUUCAUUGAACUGAAGUUAAACUUGAAGUUAACAAUUCUGUUUUUUUUUGUAUCUUUAUGGCCACACUGAUUAUGGACUUAAAUAAUACAAAAACAAUUAAAUGAAAGAAAAAGACAAUCCUUAUAUCACUUGGACUAACAUCAAGAUGAAGAGGAUGGUGAAGUUGAGAAGAAACUAGCUUUUUUUGAUCCAUAAAAUAAAGCUAACAUGACGUGACAUCGUCUGCUUUCAGAUUUGCUAAGAUUUAGCUGUGCAUGUGUCUAAGCAAACCAAUUUGGAAAUCACAUAACUUUAUAAAUAUAUAGUAGAUAACAAAUCACUGGGGCUGGUCUCCGUUAAACUAGCAUUUCUUUGUUGCCUAAGGUAUGAUUUCACUUCCAUGAAAAUCUUCUCUCAAUGAUGCAGAAACAGUCUCUCUCUACACAACGGAGAUACGUGAAAAAUUCUGUAUUAUGCUAAAUGACCCACUUGCGAAAGCAGGCAGCAAUAAUUCUUUGUUUUUUUUUUCUUUUGUCUCCAAUGGUCACAUUUAAAAAAAAAAAGAAAAAAGAAAAAAUACAGUAUAGACCUUUUAUUGAUUAUAAUCUCUGGAAGAAAAAUUAAAGGCAUUUUCAUAGCGACAAUGAACUAUUUAAUAUAAUGUUAUGCCAUACACCUUGUGCUAUUGUUUGUUAACACACAUCAUACCCAAAAUACAAAAUGGUAGAUUUGGAAACCCUUGCAAUAUUAACUUAUUGGUAUGAGAAAGAAACUGGACCACUGGUGUCAAGAAAUAAUAUUGAUGCAGCACCAAUUUUAGUGAAAUGCAAUUAAGUGCUGUAAAGUGCAAUACUGUAAAUAUUAUAGUUUUAAAGAUUGAGAUGAAUCAUUCAGAUGUUGAUACGUAAGCUUGUGUUCACCAAGGAAUAGCCUUCUGAGCUUAACCUCGAGUGAUGCAGUUCAUUGCCAAAAUGAGUGUAACUCAUAGAAAUGGAUUAAAUAAUAUUAUGUCUCCAUUGAAUAAAGACAGAUGCCAUGGAUUUAUAAUGCAGUCAAGGUGCCAUAUUAUUCAAAAUUAAGCUAAAAAUCUGGCAUGCUGGUCUUUUUCAAUUUGCCAAGAUGUUUUUAAAUAAAGCAAAAAAAUAAAUAAAAAUAAAAAUAAAAUAGCAUCAAAUUAUUUUGAGGUGGACAAUGCAGAAAGAGACCCUUGUUUGAAAAUGCUGGUUGCAGUAAGCGUCAUAGAAAAUAAGGAAUUUUUGUUUAAACAAAUACCAAAGUGAAGUGUUUAAAUUUUGUUUUUGUAUUUUUUUUAAAUUUUAUUUCUUCAUGGCUCUUUUUUUGUUCAUUUUUGUUUUUAAGAACAUACUAUGAUUUCCUUAUUGGUAUUCCAACAUUGGUCCUGUUUACCUCUAAAAACACAAGUAAUACAGAAUGCAAAUAUCAAGUAAUCACUGUCAUUACUUUACAAUUUGUGUUCAUUGCAUUCGACAGAGACAUACCAUUCUUUUUUUUUCUUUGUAAUAUAUGUGGAUGUUUUAUUUAUUAUUGUGUUUGAAAUUUUAUAAAUGUGUAAUAUUAUUAUGUUGAGUGUAAAUUUUACAAUGCUUUGCAUUUAUUUUUAUAUUUUAAAAACCGUUGCUUUUGCAAUAUGUUGCGGGUUGUGAGCCUGAUUUGCAGUUUUUUUUCUUUUUUUUUCCGUACACUCAUACAGAUAUAGCCCAUGUUACUGUACCGUGUCAUAUAGUCUGACGCAUCAAAAAUGUCAUUUUACAUAGCAUGCAUUGCAUUUUGGUGCAGUAGCAAUUGCACAAUGGAUUGCAACUACCUAUUCACUGUUAAUAGCUUAUUCAUGUCAUAUGAAGUGGGACAAUAACUUGGGCUACAUAUGUAUAAAUAGUGUGUCUGAAUUACCAGACAUUUCAGGGAUCACAGAUAUGAAGAAUUAUAGCCUGUUAAAAACCAACUGUUCUUAAAUGUUUCACCCCAUUUUCAUAUUGCAAUUCUCUAUUAGUUUUCAUUACCAAAUUGCCAUACCAGCAUGCUUCCAGUCAGAUUCACAAAACAUGUUCCAUUCAGUUUGAGAGAGGAUUUUGUUAAUCAAACAGUAUGACUGUACAUCUCGUACAACAAGUGGAAUAUUAAUAAACUUAUAAAUAUUUACAUUUUUGAGUUAACAAAUGUCUAAGAAAACAUAUUCAAAUAUUUAAUUGUAUGUAGAAAUAUUUGUGAGUGAAAUAAUUGAAAUUGG